AUGGCUGAGACGCUUAAACAUUUAUGUUCCUACAUUAUUCGAGAUGAUUUUGGUCCAGUAGUAGAGCAAGUUGCAAAAGCACUUUUAGAAAAAGGACGGCUAACUCUACAAUCAAUCUCCACUCACUCAAAGCUUACUAUCUCAAAAACACGUGAAUGUAUUUUUGUCUUGAUUCAACAUAAUUUAGUUUACUGGGCAGAGUCAAGAGAGGGUGAGAAAAUUUUUGUUUACUAUUCAAUUGAAAAAAAUGAAAUUAUAUCAAGAUUGAAUUUUGGAAUUUAUUUAAAGAAUGCUAAUGAAUGGGUUGGACAUCGUGAAAAUAAAAGUGCUGAUAACACAUUAGAUGAAAAUCAAUAUUAUCGUCUGAAUUAUGAAAAGCUCAAUGUCAAAUUAAGGAAUAUGCGAAUAGAAUUAUUUGUCAAAAUACGUGUUAAUUCUUUUGCAAGUCUAAUAACAAAAAUAUUACUCGAUAUAGCAAAUGAACAUAGACUAAACGAAGUUGAAUCACGUCCAAUCUCGCUACAAAGAAUCCACAAAUCUUUCCCAGUCGAAAAAUUAGAUUCGAUGUGUCAACAUAUGAAGAUUGAUAGACAGAAAUCAACGAAUCGUGAACUUAACGCUUAUAACUACAAUAAUUUCACAAAUGACUUGAACAAUAAGGCAGUAAAGCCCGAAAAAAAACCAAAUGUUAAAAUAUCAGAGAAUAUAACAGAUUAUGUUGUUUGCUACUGUGGUAAUAAACCAGAUAGACGCGUAACAAAAAGUGAUAAACAUAAAGGUUGGGAGUAUCUUGUAUGUAAAUUUAAUACUAAAACUCCAAGGAAUCCGUUUUGCAAGUUCUUUGUAUGGGCUCAUCAAGAACAAAUAAGAUUAGAGAUGUUUGGAUUUAUUGACAAAAUCACUUUGAAAAUCAAAUUAAUUACACUUGAAGAAAAAAAUCACGAGCUAGAGGAAAGAAAUCGCGAGCUAGAGGAAAAAAAACGCGAAUUAGAGGAAGAAUUGGAAAAUAAAGAAGAACUGGGUGAAAGACAUAAAGAAUUGGAAGAAAAAGUUAAAGAAAUGGAAAAAGAGAAUCAAGAAAUGGAAGAAAAAGUUAAAGAAAUGGAAAAUGAGAAUCAAGAAAUGGAAGAAAAAAAUAGGCUUUUAGAAAAAAGAAAUCAUGAGUUGGAGAAUAAAAUUAAUGAUUUAGAAGAAAAAAAUAAAACUGAACAAAAUGAAUUAACAAAUGAUCUAAAUUCUUUGGUAACAAUUAAUGAACAAAUAGAGGAAGAAUUACUCGAAGAAAAAGAUCGUAACGAAGAGUUGAUGGAGGAAAUCGCAAAAUUAAAAGAAUUAUUACAAAAAGCCUAA